CGGGGACCCCCUGAAGCCGCCGCCGCCGCAGCCGCAGAGACAGUGCCAGAGCCGCAGGCCCGCAGAUGCUCGGUACUGAGAUAUGAUGGCAAUUUGGAACAAGAACCGCUGUCAAUAGACAGGAAAGAAAACCUGGAAAUGUCUCUGUGACUGUCACCUUUCAUUUUCAGAAGACCCCCGAGGACUCGAUCUGGUUGCCUAUUUUUAUCCUGCUGCAAAUACCGCUUAUUAUGUACAUCUGUGGGGAUGAACCCAGCUGCCCCCCGCCCCAGAGGUCACAGAAAAGCCCCUCUGUUUUCGCCCCGUCAGAAGCUAGCAUGUCACUGAAAAGCGAGCCCAGAGUAAACACUUCUGCGCUGCAGAAAAUCGCCGCAGACAUGAGCAACCUGAUAGAAAAUCUCGACACCCGGGAACUCCACUUUGAGGGGGAGGAGGUGGAGUAUGACGCAUCUCCAGGAGACCCCAAGACUCAGGAAGAGCACAUCCCAUUCUCUUCUAUUUACAACACUCAAGGAUUUAAGGAGCCCAACAUCCAGACCUACCUCUCCGGCUGUCCCAUAAAAGCACAAGUGCUGGAAGUGGAGCGCUUCACGUCUACGACGCGGGUGCCAAGCAUCAGUCUGUACACUAUCGAGUUAACACACGGGGAAUUCACGUGGCAAGUUAAGAGAAAAUUCAAGCACUUCCAGGAAUUUCAUAGAGAGCUGCUCAAGUACAAAGCCUUUAUCCGAAUCCCCAUUCCCACCAAAAGACAUACAUUCAGAAGACAAAAUGUCAAAGAAGAGCCCCGAGAGAUGCCCAGUCUGCCCCGUUCAUCAGAAAAUGCCAUCCAAGAAGAACAGUUCUUUGGCAGGAGGAAGCAACUGGAAGAUUACUUGACAAAAAUUCUAAAAAUGCCCAUGUACAGAAACUAUCAUGCCACGACAGAGUUCCUUGAUGUAAGCCAGCUGUCUUUCAUCCAUGAUUUGGGACCAAAGGGCCUGGAAGGGAUGAUCAUGAAAAGAUCUGGGGGACACAGGAUCCCAGGUUUGAAUUGCUGUGGCCAGGGAAGAGCCUGCUACCGGUGGUCAAAAAGGUGGUUGAUCGUGAAAGACUCUUUCUUGCUAUAUAUGAAGCCAGACAGUGGAGCUAUUGCCUUUGUCCUGCUUGUAGAUAAAGAAUUCAAAAUAAAAGUUGGACGGAAAGAGACAGAAACGAAGUACGGACUUCGAAUCGAUAACCUUUCAAGGACACUCAUUUUAAAAUGUAACAGCUACAGACACGCCCGGUGGUGGGGAGGGGCCAUAGAAGAGUUCGUCCAGAAACAUGGCGCUGACUUUCUCAAAGACCAUCGCUUUGGUUCCUAUGCGGCUGUCCAGGAGAACGUUUUAGCUAAAUGGUAUGUGAAUGCCAAAGGUUACUUUGAAGAUAUCGCAAAUGCAAUGGAAGGGGCAUCGGAGGAGAUUUUUAUCACAGACUGGUGGUUGAGUCCGGAAAUCUUCCUGAAGCGCCCAGUGGUGGAAGGUAAUCGCUGGAGGCUGGACUGUAUCCUCAAACGGAAAGCACAACAAGGCGUGCGGAUUUUCAUAAUGCUUUACAAAGAGGUAGAGCUAGCGCUCGGGAUCAACAGCGAGUACAGCAAGCGGACUUUGAUGCGGCUUCACCCCAACAUAAAGGUGAUGCGGCACCCAGACCAUGUGUCAUCCAGUGUCUAUCUGUGGGCUCAUCAUGAGAAGCUUGUCAUUAUCGACCAGUCGGUGGCUUUUGUGGGUGGGAUUGACCUGGCCUACGGAAGGUGGGAUGACAAUGAGCACAGACUCACAGAUGUGGGCAGUGUGAAGCGGGUCACCUCAGGACUGUCUAUGGGCUCCCUCACAGCAGCAACAAUAGAGUCUAUGGAAUCCUUAAGCCUCAAGGAUAAGCAUGAAUCUCAUAAAAAUGAGCCCAUCUUGAAGGGUGUUGAUGAUACAGACACCAAGCUGAAAGGAAUAGGAAAGUCCCGGAAAUUCUCCAAAUUUAGUCUCUAUCGACAACUGCACCGUCGCCAUCUGUACAACGCGGACAGCAUCAGCAGCAUCGACAGCUCCUCCAGUUAUUUUAACCACUGUAGAAGCCACCAGAAUUUAAUCCAUGGUUUAAAGCCCCACUUGAAACUCUUUCGCCCCUCCAGUGGGUCUGAACAGGGCCUCACUAGACACAGCGCCGAUACUGGCUCUAUCCGAAGUGUGCAGACAGGUGUUGGAGAGCUACAUGGAGAGACCAGGUUUUGGCAUGGGAAGGAUUACUGCAACUUUGUCUUCAAGGACUGGGUUCAGCUGGACAAGCCUUUCGCUGAUUUCAUCGACAGGUACUCCACCCCCCGGAUGCCUUGGCAUGAUAUUGGUUCUGUGGUCCAUGGGAAGGCAGCUCGUGAUGUGGCUCGCCACUUCAUCCAGCGCUGGAACUUCACAAAGAUAAUGAAGCCAAAAUACCGUUCCCUUUCAUAUCCCUUUCUGCUCCCAAAGUCUCAAGCCACUGCGCAUGAGCUGAGGUACCAGGUGCCAGGGGCCGUCCACGCCAAAGUACAGUUGCUCCGAUCUGCAGCUGACUGGUCUGCUGGCAUAAAGCACCAUGAAGAAUCGAUCCACUCUGCUUACACCCAUGUAAUAGAAAACAGCAAGCACUACAUCUAUAUUGAAAACCAAUUUUUCAUAAGCUGCGCUGAUGAUAAAGUCGUAUUCAACAAGGUGGGCGACGCUAUUGCCCAAAGAAUCCUGAAAGCCCACAGGGAAGGCCAGAGAUAUCGGGUGUACGUUGUGAUACCGCUGCUGCCAGGAUUCGAAGGAGACAUUUCCACAGGCGGAGGGAAUGCUCUACAGGCGAUAAUGCACUUCAACUACAGAACCAUGUGCAGAGGGGAGAACUCCAUCCUUGGACAGCUGAAACCAGAGCUUGGUAACCAGUGGAUAAAUUACAUAUCGUUUUGUGGCCUGAGAACACAUGCAGAGCUGGAAGGAAACCUAGUCACUGAGCUCAUCUAUGUCCACAGCAAGUUGCUAAUUGCUGAUGACAACACAGUCAUUAUUGGUUCUGCCAACAUCAAUGACCGGAGCCUGCUGGGGAAGCGAGACAGUGAAAUGGCUGUCAUAGUGCAGGACACAGAGACGGUCCCAUCAAUAAUGGAUGGAAAAGAAUAUCAAGCUGGCCGCUUUGCCCAAGGCCUUCGGCUACAGUGCUUCAGGCUUGUCCUUGGCUAUCUUUCUGACCCAAGUGAGGACAUUCAGGAUCCUGUGAGUGACAAAUUCUUCAAGGAGAUCUGGGUUUCAACAGCAGCCCGAAAUGCUACCAUUUAUGAUAAGGUGUUCCGGUGCCUUCCCAAUGAUGAAGUGCACAAUUUAAUUCAGUUGAGAGACUUUAUAAACAAGCCCAUCUUAGCAAAAGACGAUCCUGUCCGAGCUGAGGAAGAACUGAGAAAGAUCCGUGGGUUCUUGGUACAGUUCCCCUUUUAUUUCUUAUCCGAAGAAAAUCUGCUGCCUUCCGUUGGAACCAAAGAAGCCAUUGUGCCAAUGGAGGUUUGGACUUAAGACAAACUCCUUCACAACUCAAGGACUUUGGACCUGAAGGACACAUUGCAUAUGCUGACCUCCUAAGGACGUCAUGGCUGAAGUCAGGCCUGAGGCACUCCUGUGACCAACCCAUGGACUCUUCAGAGUGGCUGGGAGUGACAGUGGUCAUAGCGAUGUAAAGACACUGGACAUAAGCAAGGCUUUGUUGUUUCUCCUGCUUCUCAUUGAGAAAAUCAGCUACAUUCUUGCUGCUAGCAUAUACUCAAGCAACACCCAACACAGAUGCCAAAUCUAUGAUAUAGAUCAAAAGCCAUUUUCCUUUGCUAACAAGAAUCUGCCUGUAACUGUGAUCCAAGUUGCCAAAAGUUGCCUGAACUCUCCUGUUCUUCUCUGAUGUUCAUGUAUGCAGCAGGAGCCCCCAGCCACAGGCAUGCCCUCAGCUUUUCAUCCAUACAGCACUGUUUAAGAAACUGCUUAUCAAUGAAUGAUGUUGGAGAGCUGCUUUGAGAGUCUUCAAGGGUCCAGAUGAUGCCUUUACCCACCUGGUGCUGAUGGGAGGGUUUUUAGCAAGCCAACAAGUUGUUCUUUGUUCUCUUAUAGUCACUGUAGGGGCAGGACAGACUUUGCCUGUCUACCCACUUUAGGCACUUCUGAGGACAUCAAUACUGUAUCUAAACAACAGGAAGGCAUUAAACUUCAAUGCGGAAGGAUUUUCCUUGGUUCCCAAAAGUACUGCCCAGCUGUGUCCUUGUCACUGAGCCCAUCAGAUAAAAUUUGUAAACAUGUGCAGCUUAUGUCAAUACAUAGCAACCAGAUAAACACAGAUGGAACCUCCAAGGUGUCAGUGGGAAUACAGUUCAGAUAAAGGACAAGAUUUCCCCCAGUCUGCAGAAACACUGUCCUCCUUAGCCACUGGAUUGAUAAAAGAAAGAAAGUUUAAUUUCUCCAUAAUAGGUCCAGUGGAUGUAAUUUGUCUUCCAAAAGAAUCGAAGGCAUUAGGAUGCCUUUCAGCUAGCGAGCAUGAGUCUAACCUUAUUUACCCUUCAGUUUUCCAAUAUAUCUUCUUCAGGGGAAAAAGUAAUUAUAAGAGAUGAGCUACUUUGCUUACACUGUUAACUAUACAGUAACAUUCCAAUACAGCUUCCAAAGAGGCUGCAAUAAUAAUUCACGUUGUCCCAGUCAGAAAUGUGGAUAUCCACUUUCCCUUAUGGUAUGGUGUCCCUUGUAGACCAAAUUUCAGUGUUCUUCUUGCAUCCUGGGAGUGUCUGUGGGUUCCUGGAAGCCUGGGAUGCAGGCAUGUGGUAUAGCUACGUUACUGUAAGCAAAAGGGAUUGCUGGAGCAAAAUAUCCUUUUGGAGUCCACUUCAAAGCAACCCCCAACCCCUGUUUUCAUGAACAAAUAUGCUGAUUUAAAAGAUGACACAGGACCACAAAGCCAGUGCUAUGGGUUGGUAACAGAGUGACAGUCACAUCCAAGGAAGGAUGUCACCCCAGGGAACAUUCCACAGACGAGGUGGGAUUUGUAACCAACAAUGGAAAUUAAUAUGUUUUUAUGAAUAAAUAAGUUAUUUCUUACAUGGCCAAGGA